AUGCAAGUGGCCACAUCCUUACGCAAAAGAUUAACCACUAACAACCUCAACCCGAUGAUUCUCUCUCCCGACGACGAUAUGCAAACGCGCAAGCUCAAAAAAGAGCGUAAAAGUUCGCGCAGCGUCGAAUCGGUGGGUUACAAUAGAAGCUGUUCGUCGCGCGACAGUAGCGACUUAGAAGUAGAAACUUACAUCGGUAGACGUAGGCAAAAGAACGUGUCUUAUAAGGACGAGGAAAAAUCGCAACUGAUCUGUUACAAGGAUAACACUCAAAUCAUAACCAUCAAAAACGAUUCGAAGCACACCAGAUACAACACUUUCGAUAUGAAAUGUAACGACAGAAAAGGGACGUUAGUUAAAUAUAAAUCCCUAGAUAUACCGGACGCCAAAACGGUGAUUAAAUAUUUAGAACCAAAAAGCAAAGUAUCUAUAUCGGCCGAAGACUUCACGUCCGAUUACAAAGUUACCAAAUUCGAUAAGAAACGACACAAACACGAUAUAAUAACCGAUACGGUAGACGCGUGGGCUAAAAAGGGAGGGCGUUACGUGUUUUCCAACCUCAAAAAUUCCAUUUUCAAAGCCGGCACUGAAAAAGAAAAAGAAGUGUUAUUCAAACCGUUGGUUUUCGGCGGUACUUAUCCGAUUGAUUUUCCUACUUUUGAUAAUAAAACCAUCGCUAGAGGGCUAGAAUUAAGAUCGAAUAAAAAUAAGAAAGUUACUAAUAAUUGUCAAAUGCCGCAAAUGAGGGAAUACGGUCCUGCUAGAACGUUUGAUAUAGAUCAGCCUAUUUAA